UUAAAACAUCAAAUACAGCUUAGAUUACAAAGAACUUAUCGAGAUGUAAAGAAUAUUUCCAAAAUUUAGCUAAAAAGUAACCCUAAUUUGUGGUUAGUACUUAUUCAUCCUUAAUAAGAGGUCUUGAAUUUGAGCCCCGAUAUGAAAUUAAUUUUGUUAGGAAAAUUUCAUGCGGCUACGAAACAUCAAGUUCUUGCAAGGAUUAUCCCUUAUUUGUAAUGAUUCUUAAUUUUUGUCGUUCAAAUUUAUGAUCCUUAAUAUUUGUUCUUGAUGCUCGUUCAAUGAAAAUUUGUGGGUCAAAGUAUCUUUAUGGAUAACCAAAUUUCACUUGGAAUAAGUUAAAGAGAAAUUUUAUAUAGGAAUUAAAUUGUGUCUCUCAUGACUAACUUGUGAGUUCUGAAAUUGAACUUAUGCCUCUAUUGGCAUUAGUUUUUUAGGAGCUAAGUUAUAUCUUUUACGACAUAACUUGUGGGUUCUGAACUAAACUUAUGCAUCUAUCUACAUAAGUUAUGUAAAAACAACAUAACUGGCGUUAUAUUAUGAUAAGAAAAUAUAAACUUAUACGAUGAUGUCCCUCCCCCCAAACAAAACCAACUAAACAUUGGGUGGAAUGAAUAAAGAAAAUUUAGUUAUAGAUGCUCUUGGCAAGUGGGACAUAAACUGACAAAAGUGAUCACUUCUGCUUCUUCUUCUUUUUCUUUCAUCCAUUUUCAUUACAAUUCUCCAUUUCCCUCUCUCUAUGUAAGCUUUCUUGAUCUGAAUGUUUUGUUUGCGAAUGGAAAAUCCUGGAGCAAGCCCUUUCAAAGAUACUCCUGUUGGUUUAGAUGCAAAUUCAGAGGAAGAGUACUUUUCUCAGUGUACAUUACUCAAAGAGUUUACUGAAAUCCCCACAAUUGAGAAGGCAUGGACUUUGAAAUCUAACAGUGGAGCCUCACAGGUUAUGUUCUCAAUUAGUCAACCUAAUCUCCUGGAGAACAAGAAGAGGAGAUAUGCAUCAUUUAGUCACAUUUCCAAAGAAAGGGAUGAUUCUGUACAGUUUCAUUGGGAUGCUUUCCCUAUUGAGAUGGGAUCAACAUCUUUGAUGGUUCCCUCUCCAUCAGGUUCAAAGCUUCUUGUUGUUCGAAAUGCUGAAAAUGACUCUCCUACUAGCUUCGAGAUUUGGAGUUCAUCUCAGGUGGAAAGGGAGUUUCAUGUUCCUUCAUCUAUCCACAGAUCUGUAUAUUCUGAUGGAUGGUUCGAGGGGAUUUCCUGGAAUUCCGAUGAAACUUUGAUUGCUUAUAUUGCUGAAGAGCCUGUUUCUGCAAAACCAACAUUUACACAUUUUGGCUACGAGAAAGGGAAUUGUCCAGAUAAAGACUGUAAUAGCUGGAAAGGACAAGGAGAUUGGGAAGAGGGUUGGGGCGAAGCAUAUGAUGGGAAAAGGCUACCAAAGCUUUUUGUCAUCAGCAUUAACAGUGGAGAGGUACGUGCUGUAGAUGGCAUAGAAAAAUCACUAAGUGUUGGGCAAGUUAUUUGGGCUCCAUCAGCAAAAGACUCAUUACAAUAUCUAGUUUUUGUUGGAUGGCCAUCGGGGACGAGGAAGUUUGGUAUCAAAUACUGCACUAAUAGGCCUUGUUCUUUGUAUGUUGUUAGAGCUCCUUAUUUCAGAUAUGAACCAUGUCAAUAUGGAACGGAUACAAAACUAUCAGCAGUUGUGCUGACAGAAAGCAUAAGUAGUGCAUUCUUCCCUCGUUUUAGCCCAGAUGGAAAAUUCCUGGUGUUCUUAUCUUCAAAAAGUGCUGUAGAUUCUGGAGCACAUAAUGCAACAGAUUCACUUCAUAGAAUUGAUUGGUCCAUUGAUGCAGAGCAACAUCCGCGUAACAAAAUUGUUGAUGUGGUUCCUGUUGUGAUGUGUGCUGAAGAUGGAAGCUUCCCUGGGUUAUACUGUUCAAAUAUUCUUAGUAACCCGUGGCUUUCUGAUGGGCACACUAUGAUUUUAUCAGCUGCCUGGGGCAGCACCCUAGUUGUACUUACCGUGAAUAUCUUGAGUGGAGAUGUAUCGCGAAUCAGCCCAUGCACAUCAGAGUUUUCAUGGGAUGUCCUUACUCUGGAUGGUGACAAUAUAAUUGCAGUAUGUAGCAGUCCAGUUGAUGUUCCUGAAAUCAAGUAUGGUUAUCUUGUCGAAAAUGCCUCCGAUAACACCAAAUGGAAUUGGCUAGAUAUCUCAAGCCCCAUAACCAAAUGCUCUGAAAAGGUGAGGUCUUUGCUGUCAUCCAAGGAGUUUUCUAUAAUGUCGAUUCCUGUUAGAGACGCCUCUGAGAAUAUCACAAAAGGUGCAAGCAAACCUUAUGAAGCUAUUUUUGCAUCCUCCAAAUCUAAGAAGCACGAUGCAUGUGACCCAAUGAUUGUAGUCCUUCAUGGGGGUCCUCACUGUGUGUCAUUGUCAAGCUUCUCAAAGUCUUCAGCUUUUCUUUGCUCACUUGGAUUUAGCUUGCUUAUUGUAAGUUAUAGAGGUUCCUUGGGAUUUGAUGAGGAAGCAGUGCAAUCUCUUCCAGGGAGGGUGGGUUCACAGGACGUUAACGAUGUACUUGCUGCCAUAGACCAUGUCAUUGGUAUGGGACUAGCAGAUCAGUCCAAAAUUGCUGCUGUUGGCAUUUCUCAUGGUGGAUUUUUGACAACACACUUGAUAGGCCAGGCACCAGACAAGUUUGCUGCUGCAGCUGCUAGGAACCCAGUCUGCAACUUUGCUAUAAUGGUUGGUACAACUGAUAUUCCUGAUUGGUGUUAUUUUGAGGCAUUUGGAAGUGAAGCGAAAUCAAGCUUCACAGCAGCACCUUCAGCUGAACACCUUGCUCUAUUCUACGACAAGUCCCCAAUUUCACAUGUAUCCAAGGUCAAAACUCCCACACUCAUGCUUUUAGGUGUUAAGGACCUUCGCGUGCCCAUUACUGAUGGAUUACAGUACGCAAGAGCAUUGAAGGAGAAAGGCGUAGAGGUUAAGGUGAUGAUGUUUCCUGAUGACAUACACGAACUCGACAGACCGCGAACAGACUUUGAAAGCUUUCUAAACAUUGGAGUGUGGUUUAAGAAGUAUUGUUCAUAGAUUGCUAGAUAACUCAGUGUUUCUGCAACAAGAAUGUUAAGAGAUUCAUGGUUAAUAUGAGAACUGUUGACUCAAAUUGAUCAAUGAUCAGACUACUGAACUGAUAAAAUGCUUGUAAUGAUCUAAUGCCGCACUUGAAACUAUAUUGCUCGAAGUGCGUGUCAUAUCAUAUUUUUAGGAUCCAACAUGGCUGGUUGUGUGUAUUUUUGGAGAGUCCGAGCAACAAAUACAUAGUGCACUUCUUCAUAAGUGUAAUUUUUUCAUUACAAACCAUGAAGUACUUGAAUGUAUUGAAAGUCUACUUAAA